UGCUAUCAGUAGUCUUUUGUAUUCACGCAAAAGUGGAAAAUACUGUAAAAUGCAGACAACAUUAAAGUACCUCUGUCUUUUCGCAAUUCUUUUAAAUAUAGCUGGAGCUAGUGGUGUUACAGAUGAAAAUAAAUUAGAAAAUUUCGUAAACAAUACAAAAAUAUAUCUGCCAAAGAAUAUCCUUGAGGAUGCUGCAAAAAGCAAGUUCUACCGUAAAUCAAGAUCAGUUCAUAGCGUGCUACCGCCUGUCAUUAACGACUGUGCGAAGGCGAAAAAUAAUCUCGGCGCGAAAUAUAGAGAUGGCGUAUACGAACUAAACCUACCUGGAUUCCAACCAAUCAAUGCCACUUGUCUGACGAAAUGCUCACCGAGCAACUCGACAAGAUGCUGCACGUGGACCGUGGUCAUACGCAAUCAUGAGAGCGCUAAAGGCACAUUUCAAAGAAGCUACAAUGAGUUCAUAGUUGGCUUUGGAAAUUCGACUACCGACUAUUUCAUCGGUUUGGAUCGACUGUAUGCGAUGGCAAAGCGUGCACCGCAAUCUCUGCUUAUUAUCGACUUUACAACACACAAAGAAGUCUACCUAGACGAAUUCCACAUUAAGGAUGAUAAAUCAAAUUAUCAAAUUUAUGAUAUAAAAGGCCAUGCCAUCUACAUCGGGUCGGCAGUAGACUAUUAUAUGGGUGAGGAUUUUGAGUUUUACGUUGAUGGUGAAUGCGCGUUGAAACAUAAUCGUGGCUGGUGGUACCCGUCAAGACUUUGCAGAAUUUAUACAUUUGCCAACUCCUUAUCGAACGACUUUAUCAUUGCAUUGGAACCGCAAAACUGUAGAGGUGAACGUGUGUGGGAUGAUGGUUUCGAGUAUUAAAAUGCAAUUAUAAUAGUUUUUUUUUGUGUGUUGCGACAUGUUUGACACUCUUUGUUCAAUUCGAUAUAAUACUAAGAAAAUGUAUGCAAUUAUAAUAUGUAUUAUAUAUUUGUAUUUGUACAUCAGAAUUUUUUUUCAAAUAAUUCUGCCUGCUAGACAAUUUUCAGGAUAAAAAAAUUGAAUAAAAGUAAUAUCAAAUACUAAGAAA